UGUGAGCGUGAUGGACUUCACAGCAGAUGAGCAGCUGGAGGAGUUGUGUCCGGUAUGUGGAGAUAAGGUGUCCGGAUAUCAUUACGGCCUUCUUACCUGCGAAAGCUGUAAGGGUUUUUUCAAGAGGACAGUUCAAAAUAACAAGAGAUACACAUGCACACAGAACCAGGACUGUGGCAUUGACAAAACCCAGAGGAAGAGAUGCCCCUUCUGUCGCUUCCAGAAGUGCCUCAGCGUCGGCAUGAGACUCGAGGCUGUCCGUGCAGAUCGAAUGAGAGGGGGAAGGAACAAGUUUGGUCCCAUGUACAAGCGGGACCGUGCCCUGAAACAGCAGAAGAGAGCUUUAAUCAGAGCCAGCUGCUUUAAAAUAGAGGCCAACCCAUCCCUCCUGUCCAGCACCCAGAUUGAGUACCCGCAUCCCGGAUCACUCUCAGGUCUCCAUCCCCCUUCUCUGUCCUCUCCGGAGUACGACUGCCCCCCUCUCUGCCCCCCGGCCCUGGGUGUUGCGCUGCAGAGCUAUGGCUCAUUCCCGGCUCAGUACCAAUACACUGCUCCCUCUUUACAGAGCAGAUCGAUUAAAGCUGAAUACCCAGACGCGUACUCCAGUUCACCUGACUCCUCUUUAGGGUACCCGUACCCUGACGGCUGCAUGCCUGCGUCCCCACACACCAGCCCCAUGAACCCUGGCUUGCCCCCGCUGGUGCUAGAGCUGGCCAGCUGUGAUCCAGAUGAGGAGCAGUUGAGAGGGAAGAUCUGUGCAUACCUUCACCAGGAGCAAAACGGGAAGGGGAAACUGGAGAAACCGCGGCCGUUCAGCCUGUUGUGUGUCAUGGCGGAUCAGACAUUAUUCUCAAUAGUCGAGUGGGCAAGAAGCUGUGUCUUCUUCAAGGAACUAAAGGUAGGAGAUCAGAUGCGACUGCUGCAUAACUGCUGGAGUGAGCUGCUGCUUCUUGAUCAUAUCUGCAGACAGGUGCAUCAUGGGAGAGACAACAGUCUGCUACUCAUUACAGGACAGGAGGUGAGUAUUUCCAGCCAUCAUAGCACAAUAAUAUCACUACGUAAAAGCUUCAUUGUUCGUAGAAAAGCAGAACAUGUUAGCAGAAAGAGUGUGGACAGAAGAGAGAUGGCCUGUCUGAAGUUCCUCAUCCUCUUCAACCCCAAUGUGAAGCUCCUGGAGAACCAGCAGUUUGUGGAGAGCGUUCAGGAGCAGGUGAACAGCGCUCUGCUCGAGUACACGCUCUACUCUUACCCUCAGUGUCUGGACCGCUUCAGUCAGCUCAUACUGCGGCUGCCUGAGGUCCGAUCGCUCAGCGCGCAGGCCGAGGACUUCCUGUGCUACAAGCACCUGUGCGGAGAAGUGCCGUGCAACAAUCUGCUCAUAGAAAUGCUUCACGCCAAGAGGUCUACCGCCGUGUGAAAGUGACACUGCUUUGAGAGUUUCAGCCACAUGCGCAAAAUGAAUGGUGAACAGUUUUCAGGCAAUUCUUUCUUACCUUACGUGAUGAAUGUACAGAAUUUUCUCAUUUGUAUUCUUUUAAAAUCAUUUAAGCAUGACAAUCAUUGGUGGACGUGGAGGUGUUUUUUUCUUCAUGCUGUUAUUCU